GAGAAAAGGGCCAGUUGUGACAAGCGGCAAGUCAUGUGUCAUUUUGUAAACAAAUUGUAGUAAAAAUAGUGUAGGGCCUACAACUGCUUCUUGGCCCCAAAGCCCUCGUGAGUGACAUCCUCAAUUCUGAAGGCUGAACGUUGUCAGUGGCACCAUGCAAGGAGGCGAUGCUGUUUUCAAAGUGCCGAAGGUGGCCAAAAAAAAGGUUAUCAAUUUGUACUGUCAUGAAACUUUGGCUGACCUUGAUGAAAGCUGGGAUUCACCCUCUAGGCCCACCCCUUUCGGUUGCAAAAGAAGCAUUAAACAAGAUGAUAAUAAUAUGCUGCAGAAAUCAGAGCACUGGAAAAAGACUGCUUCUACUAGGUCCUAUAGUUGUAAAGAAUCCUCUUAUGUCAGUUCAGAUGAAAUGAUCUCUGUACCAUCACAAGAAAGAAAUACACGAGGUACCCUUAUUAAUUCAUCUUGGAAUCUCCAAGACAUGAUUCUCAAUGAUCCAAUGCUGAAUAGCAGAGCGUUUGACGAGAGAGGAGACAUUGAUGUGGCUGUAGAGUCGUUGUUAACCCACGAUUCAGACAGUGAUUUAAUGUUACAGCACCCGGCUAGUGAUAAAUACACCAGCGGUCUCCUGGCAGAACUCACCAGAGCCUCACGCCCUUCCGAAGUUCCUGCAAUUCCAGAAAUGGAGUGGACAGUUCCUGAGCUUGACUGGCAUCAACAACGUCAUCAAAAAUCGCCACAGCGUUCGCAGAAGCUCAAAGCUCACUCUGUCACCACCACUUACUCUGUGGACAUGGAUGAGGGCAUGGCGUACACCCAGGACAUCCUGCUGGUGCGAGACGAGAGCAUGGCCAAUGCCGAUUCCGAUUCGUCUGGGUCAGACGUGGACUGGGAUUCGCUGACCCCUCCAGUGCCAGGCAGUCCAAGCGACCAUACUGUGCCAGAUUUGGAGAACAUGAACUCUCCUACGUACGAGCAGUCCUGCUGCACCCACGACCCUGUGCUGGUCCCUCAAGCGUCUGGUCUGAGGUGGUCAAACUCCCGCAAUAAUAACAUACACACAAUGUCAGUGCCGUCGCUGGGAGGACAACGCAGUCUACGUGACUCAAGUUUGGAUCAAACUGUCCCAGACUUUCUACUCUGAUGACUUUCCCAGCAGACUUUUAAGAUGUGCAAGGGUGAAAUAGGGGUGGGUGGUGGUUUAUGUAUGAAGGAAAUAUACCCUUUGUUAUGAGGGUAAAAGUAAUGUUAUGUAUAGCCCUCCCCCCCCCCUUUCAAGACUUUGUUCUGAUAGUAAUAGUA